AUGUGUUCUGAAGACUGCGGCUUCAGUCACUCCUGGUACCUGUCCAUCUUCAGCGUGCUCUGCUGCCUCGGCAUCAUCCUCUGUUUGGCGACGUCGGUGGCUGUGGAGUGGACCGGUCACAAAGUCGCCAAAGAGCUGCAACACAACCUGCUCAACAAAAUCAUCCUGGCGCCGAUGAGGUUGUUUGAGACCACUCCAUUGGGCAGCAUCCUGAACAGGUUUUCCACCGACACGAACACCAUCGACCACCACAUCCCGAGCACGCUGGAGUGCCUGAGCCGCUCCACCCUGCUGUGUGUGUCCGCGCUGGGGGUCAUCUCCUACGUCACCCCCGUCUUCCUCAUCGCGCUGCUGCCACUCGUCGUCACCUGCUACUUCAUCCAGAAAUACUUCAGGGUGGCCUCCAGGGAUCUGCAGCAGCUUGAAGACAGCACCCAGCUGCCUCUGCUCUCUCAUUUUUCCGAGACGGUGGAAGGACUGACCACUAUUCGAGCCCUCAGGUACGAGCCGCGCUUCAGACAGAGGUUAUUGCAGUUUACUGAUGCCAACAACAUUGCCUCUCUCUUCCUCACAGCUGCCAACCGCUGGCUGGAAGUCCGCAUGGAGUACAUCGGAGCCUGUGUUGUGCUGGUUGCUGCUGUUGCAUCCAUCACCAACUCUCUGUACAACCAUCUCUCCCCGGGUCUGGUGGGACUCGGACUCACGUACGCCCUCAUGGUGUCAAACUACUUGAACUGGAUGGUGCGUAACUUGGCCGACAUGGAAGUGCAGCUUGGCUCGGUCAAAAGAAUCAACGGCCUUCUCCAAACGGAGCCAGAGAAUUACGAAGGCCUGCUCUCUGUGUCCCAAGUCCCUGACGGCUGGCCUCACGAGGGGGAGAUCAAAAUACAGAAUUUAAGCGUUCGUUACGACACCACGCUGAAGCCGGUUCUUAAAAACGUGAACGCGCACAUCAGCCCCGGAGAGAAAGUGGGGAUCUGCGGACGGACAGGAAGCGGUAAAUCAUCGUUUUCAUUGGCCUUUUUCCGCAUGGUGGACAUGUUCGAAGGGAGGAUAGUGAUUGACGACAUCGACAUCUCCAAACUGCCCUUACAGACGCUCAGGUCGCGGCUGUCAAUCAUCCUCCAAGACCCCAUUCUGUUCAGCGGCACAAUACGGUCAGAGCUGCUGCAGAUCCUGGAAGCACAUCGUAUUGACAAUCCAGUUAAAAUAUCUUGUGACGAGCGUGUUUGUUGA